AUGAAAAACACUUUAAUUGAGUGGUCUGCUGCAGCUGAUACACUUCAAGGUGCUACAAAAACAGAGUUCCAGGAAAAUGUUUUCUGUUUACUUGAUGUGCCUGAACAGAAACCUGUCAUUCUUUUCAAUUCUGGAAAGUAUGUAUACUCCACUGUCAAUUCAGAACCUUCUGGAAGAACUCUUUUUGGUGAAGAGGCAGAAUUAAUGUGGGCAGAUGCUGCAACCUGUGAAUCAGAUUUAAAAAUUAUCUGCAUUAGCUAUAAAAAAAAGGUAAAGCAAUACAAAUUACAUUGCUUGUCACUUAGUAAAGAUGCCAUUAACUCUGCAAAUUAUUUACACCAAGUGCUUGCUCAUAAUACAGCUGAUCUGAAAAACUGGUGUCUAAAUAAAAUUAAUUCAAAUUUUUAUACAAUCUGGUCUGAUGGUGCAGUACUGAGCCAUAGAACAGAUAAUAAUGCAGAAACAACUCCUGUACUUUUAAUUCCUGAAGUAGAAGAAAAUACAUUAUUAGCCAUUGAUGUCAUAGAUUCAUCUCAUGUUGCUGUUGCAAAAGCUGGAUCCAAGAGUAAAGAAAUUUCCUUAGAAAUAUGGGAUUCAAAGUUUAGUACCUUAAAGGCUAGAAAAUUAUUGAAAGCAACUCAUUUUGAUUAUCCUCAGGUGUCAACAGUGAAUUCAACUGCAUUUCUACCAUCCAGUGAAGGCUUAGUAGCAGUUGCUUUUCAUGUUGAAAAAUCUACCUUAGCUUCUGUAGUAGGAAAAUCUAUUGCUGUUUCCCCAAAUACAAAAGAGUUUUCUUGGAAUGGAGGAAAGCUGAUGCCUGCUUCACAAAUAAGUGAAACUAACAAUGUUGAUAUUGUUUCUGAAGAAAGCUCUUCUGAGAAAACUGAGUUACUUGCAGUAAGGUUAUUGGAAAAUGGUUCUGGAUGCUUGAAAUUCAUACCUGAAUCAGAAUUAGUAAAGUUGCUGCUCUUAGCAAUAAGAUACAAAAGCAAAGAGAAAGGCAAAGAAAAGAUUGCAAAAUUUGAUUCUAGUGAUCUUUUAAGUAUUAUAUUUUCUGCAUCUUUUAGUGAUAUAUUUUUGAUGAAAUGUUUAAAGAAAUUGAAUCUGGAAGAAACAUUGAUCACUUUAGAAUUGCUUCUCUCCUUUUUGAAGGGUGCAGCUCAAGUCUCCAAAAGUUUCAGUGAUCUGCCAUCUGAUAUUCAGAUUUUCAACUGGAUUUGCUUAGUUAUACAGUCACACAUGGAAGCUUUGCUGUUUACAAAAGACAAGAAGACAGCAAAAUUAUUAAAGGAACUUGACAGUUGUUUGUCAGAAAAGAUGGAAGAAUACGAAGAUUUUGAGAAAAUACAGCAUUAUUUUUGCAUACUGAAAAAGAAGCAGAACAUAUUGCCAACUAAAUUUGCUACUGGAAAAUACUGUAUAGAAACAUUAGAUGUAUAAAUUAUAUUUUGUAAAUUAUUUUAUUAAAAAUAUUGUUUAAACAAUAUUUUUACAGUUGGUUGAAAAAGUCUCUAGGUAUUAAAGGGGAUAUUAUUUCGAAACAAUAAUUAAACAUUGUUAAAAUAUAUAAUGAAACCUCAAUUUCUUAUAUGUAUCUGCAUUUGAAGUUAUAAAAUAUAUUUGAAAUAGCUGGAAUUCAAAAUAUCCAUCUAUUUAAUUUGUAAAUCCAGUACUUUUUACAUUUGUUGGUCCUUGAAAAUGCUGUCUUUAAAUGUUAAAAAACCUAUUGUAGUGUCUUAUUGAAAUAUAACUGAUAAUUUUAUUAAAUUUUGAGAUUUCACAAAAUUGCUACAAAAACUGACAAGUACAUAAUUUUACAUCUAUUGGGUUGAUGCAAAAGUUCAUCCCAUUUUUUGGAGAUUCAAAUUAUAAAUGGAUUUGACACCGUAUAUAUAGGUAACAUGCUUGUAAGAGUAAGUAAUUCAGUAAAAAAAUUUCAAAUGGUUUAAAUUGACAAAAGAUGAACAAAGGUAAUAUUUCAACCCUAACAUUAUGAAACAUUCGUCAAGAGUACAGGUAGUAUGUGUUUAACGAUAGUACAUAUCGUCUUCUGAGCAGAUUCUGGAUCUAACCAUGUUGAACGCCUCCCAUGCAACUGUUGAGGAAUUAGUGAAAAUUAUAUCCAUACUCAGAACAGUUUAACGACAAAUGCACGUACUUGGGUUCAUAACAAGGCUGGAUCAGUGGGUUCUUUGAAAAGUGAAAGGGGGUAAAAACCAAUACCUGUCUUUCUUGUUCCAAAAAUGAACCAUUUUUUGAACGAAUUAUGAUGAGCGUUGAGAAAUUGAUACUUUAAGGUAAUGUCAGAUGUCAAAAGACUGCAUGUUAUGCAGCAGAGCCUACUUAUCCCUUGUCAAGAAAAGGACUACAUGUUGACAAGAUUAAGUGUAUGGGUAAAUAAUCUACCGAGAUUACCUCCCAUGUAACCGAAGUGAAUGCUGAUCGUUCUGCCAGCCGUUAUAAAAACUGAGGCAGAAACUUUUAUGCAAGUGACCAGCACUUGUCAAUCAUCUUUCAGCAUGAAAGUUCCAAACCUCAUUCAGCUUUUAAUCACAGAGAAAACUACUUGACUUUGGUUAAUAUGUUUUACCUUAUUCCCAGGCUUUGCUUCUUCGGGUUACCAUCUUUUUUGAAUGUUAGAAUUUAUUAACCUUUCAAACUUGAAUGAUGUGCAAGAUUUGAAAACAGCAUUAUAAGAUUUAGUUUAUUCUAAAUCAUAGGAUUUUUAUUGAGGAGGGUUAAUCUACUACAAAGCAAAUAGUGAGAGUUCGUACUAAAUAUUGGCAAUUACGUGAAUAUUUAUCUACACUUUCUUUUUUACCUAAAAAAGGGACGAAUUUAAAAUUCCAUGCAUUUUAUUGUUACUAUAGAUGCCAUUUUAAGUAAAAUAUUUAAAUUUAUAGAAAUAUGACAGAUUUUGUAAAGAAUAUUAUGUAGAGCAGUUUUUCUUUCAGAUUGCAUAAUUGAUUAUAGAAAAGCCUCCCAGGACUAUUUGACUUGCAAAAGAGAGAUUUAUUGAGUUAUUUUAUGAGUAUAAUUGACUCAGAUUCAUACUAUACUUAAGAAUAAUCUCAUUCACUUUCACUCAUUUUAUACUUGGGAAUAAUCUCAUGCUAAUGCAAACCCUGUCACAUAGCAGCUGACACUACAGCUAGAUAACAUGUGUAUAUUUUAUAUAAGUUAUAUUUUGCCAUUUUUGUAAAAAAUUUUGAAUGACAUUUAUGGAGAUUGUCCAUAUUUGACAUUUUUCUUCUUAGUAUUCAUUCAAUAACCUGUAAAAAAUACAUGUCACAUCGUUUACCCUUUUCAUGUAUUGCAGAUCCCCAAUCAUGUAAAUAAAGUAAAGGAAUAAAAUGAUUCUCUUUGUGAAA